UUCAAUGUGAUACUUGUUUUGUAUUUUAACUGAAUUCUGCUUCCAAAUAAGAAGAAAAAAACACAAACAACAAUUCAGGCCAUUGGCAAUAGACAUUAGCAACAGAGCUAACACUGGUUAGGCUAAAUGAAUACAGAAUGCAGCGAGUGAUAGUGGCCGUCGAUUUAGUUUGACUUGUAAAGUCCACAUGUUAACUUAUAAGUCAAAGGAUAUCUAUCCACGUAAUAAUACAGUUGCUGCAUCGUUGUCUAAUCAUUCACGUUUAAACUACUGCUUAAAAGCUAGCUAGGUUUCUCAAGGGAAUAAUCCAUUGUAGCGAAUAGCUUCAUAGCUAGCUAGCUAGCUAAAUGUGGGAAAUUCAGCAUGUGGGCUAGCAAAGCGAGCAACAUGUCGUGUGUCUUCUGAAAGCAGUGAAGUAAUAUCAUUUUAACAGACACAGACGACACACCGAUUGUUAUCUAACGUUAACUAAAGGUAGCUAGGGUAAGUUAGAAGUAAUAGCCAGCUAUCUUAGUACUUCUGAGUGGACAAGCGGCAAGUCAAGCUAACGCAUUUGCUGCGUGGCCGAGAUGACCACCUCGAUGAUAGUCCCUGUCAUCGAUGUACAGAGCAAUAACUUCAAGGAGCUAUGGCCAGCAAUGUUGUUGGCGAUUAAAACAUCCUCUUUCAUUGCUGUGGAUACAGAGUUAAGUGGGUUGGGAAGCAGAAAGGCUUUACUGGCAGAAUCAAUCGAAGAUCGGUACAAAGCCAUAUGCCAUGCGGCUCGCACUCGCUCUAUUCUGUCUCUGGGAAUUGCGUGUUACAAAAAAAUCGAGAACAAACCAGAUGAUACCUACCUGGUGCAGGUGUAUAACCUGACACUGCUCUGUGCAGAGGAGUACAUUAUCGAGCCCCAGUCUGUGCAGUUCCUGGUUCAGCACGGAUUCGACUUCAACAAACAGUACGCCCAGGGCAUCCCUUACUACAAGGGCAAUGACAAGGGUGGGGAUGUCCAUGGGCAGAACAUCCGGACCUUGUUUGUGGAGCUGCUCCGUGCCCGCAGGCCGCUGGUGGUGCACAACGGCCUGAUCGACAUGGUCUUCCUGUACCAGUGCUUCUACGCCCACCUGCCCGAGCGGCUGGGAACCUUCACCGCCGACCUGUGUGAGAUGUUCCCCGCCGGCGUCUAUGACACCAAGUACGCCACCGAGUACGAGCUGCGCUUCUCCUCCUCGUACCUGGAGUACGCCUACAAGAAGUGCAAACUGGACAACUGUAAGCUUGUGACGGCGGGGGGGAGCAGCCCCAUCCUGUUCCUGGAGUUCUGCAACUACUCAGGACAUCUGUGCAGCUACGUGGACUACCGGCCGUGCUUCGAGGAGUCCAGCCAAGACGGGCCGCAGGAUGUCUGCCUGCGCUUCUCCGCCUACGGCUGGUGCCCCAAUGGAUCCAGCUGUCCCAUGUCCCACAACACGGACCUCAUCAUUCGGCAGGACGAGAAGACCAAGGAGAACAAGAGGAAGAGGAGGAAAAAGAGGAAGCAGAAGGCAGGGGUCCAGGACAAAGACUGCCUCUCCCCUAACAAGAAGCCAUGUCUGGAGGAUGGAUCCUCGGAGCCAAAAGAAGAGGAACUGGCCACUGGGACGUGCCCCAUUGCUGAGGCGGAACCAGUGAACGACCAACCCCAGGUGGAGGAGGAGUGCCCGGCUGACACACAGAUGUCGAUCGAUGAGGGAAACGGUGGUAAUGGGGUCUGUGAGCCGCAGUCCACGCCAGCAGAGGGAGCUGAUGAGAUCAACCCGCCGGGAGGGAAGACGACGGCUCAGGCGAAGAAGGCCGAGAGCGGCACCCACCGGGCGGGAUUCGACGCCUUCAUGACCGGGUACAUCUUCUCCUUCGCCUGCACCCUGAAUCACAGCCCAAACCAGCCCAGCUCAGAGACAGAGACCCGCCUUCCCGAGUGCCUGAACAAGCUCUAUCUCAGUGGAAAGUCAGUCCCCCUGCAAAUUGUGAAGAGCACCUUCUCCAAGUCCUCCAAAGCCCACACCCACAAGAUGGAGGUUGUCUGGCGGAAGAGCUGAUCUAGCAGUAUGGUGGUGUGAACUUUUCUGUGGUUUUUUUAUUUCUUGGCUAGGGGGAAAUGUUUUUUUAAUAGAAUUUGGUUGAAAGGACUUCUCGUACACAAGGUUAACAAGGACCAGGUUGGUGAAUAAAUUAAACACAUUUUUUUUUGUCA